AUGGAUUGGCAGUUCGACGGGUCCCUGGAGUCAAAACACGAGGAGCGUCCGACGACGGCGGCACUUCGAGCGGCGGCAGCUGGAAUUCCGGCCGACGCUGGCCGUGACCCGUUGACGAUGACCAUGAGUCCGGCGGCCGCUGCUCCGUUUCGAGACCCCACGGCCACUUUCCACAACCUUAAAGACGUUCCGUGGCCUGGGGCAGCGACACAGGCACAAACAAUGCCGAACCAACAGGACGAUAUGCUCGUGGACCUGUACUACAAGACGCCGAGUCUCUGGAUGACAGCCAUGGCAGGGGCCAUUGGAAUCGCGGUGGGCGCCAUGCUCAACCACUACCCAGUCAGCGCAGAUGCUCAGAUCUGGAUUGGAUUUCUCGGCUCUCUGCUGACCCGCGCGCUCCAGUGCCUCACACUGCCGCUUAUCUUCACUAGCGUCACGAUCUGCUUCUCCAACUUGGUGGUCUCCGAUAAGACUCGCCCCGUCAUGAUGCGUCUGGCCAUUUAUUUCGUCCUCGCAGCGUUGAUUUCGAGCUGCGUCGCCGUCGCAGUCGUCUUUUGCUUCUCCGGUUCGUUCCAAGUGAUGGCCGAUCAGCCAACAGCGACGACCAGCUUCCAGUUCAUCCUGCGGUGCCCCAACGGCAAGUUUUUCUCUCGGAUAGAAGAGUGUGGAGCCCAGUCAAUGCUCGACGGCCAAGUACUCACAGCCUCAAAUGUCACGGGGCUCCCGGACGACCUCCAGACGUUCCUUGCUGCUGCGAGUGGAGUGUUCCCCGAUACUCAGAGCUUGGUCUCGCAGAUUGUGCUCUUCUUCAGCUAUUUCUUCACGGAGAAUAUUACAGAGGCUUUUGUGUCGGUGCAGUUCCUGGGCGUGACAAUUUUCAGCAUGAUGAUCGGAGCGACUAUCAUGAAGGUGUACGACCCUGCCAGCGGAGAGCUGAACCACGUGCUGGUGCUCAUCCGCCAGGUCCACAUUGUGCUCGAGAUGAUCAUCAACUGGCUGGUGCCCUACAUUCCUCUCGGGACGAUGUCCAUGAUGACCUACUCGAUCAUGACUGGCGAUAUCUCGCGCCAGGCGCUGAACGACUCGCUCUACUUCACCCUGACAAUGGUGGUGGCACUACUCGCCAACUUCUUCUUAGUGGCCUGCGUGCUGUACGUGGUCCUUGUCCGGCGUAACCCGCUCAAGUUCACGUGGUUUCUCAUGCCGGGUAUCAUUUUUAUGCUGGCCACGGGGGACUACUUGGCCACGAUCCCCGUCCUCAUCCGCAGCCUGGAGAAGUCCCAACAGGUCUCGCGCACGAUGGCGCAGUUCACCAUUUGUCUCGGUAUGUGCUUGUGUCUCUGCGGAACGGCAGUCUUCUUCGUCACGGCGCCGAUCUUUAUGGCGUAUACCAGCGGCCAGGGAGACAUGGUCACCGCAGGCCGCGUCAUUGGCCUAGUGGCCAUUGCAACUGUGAGUUCCAUCGGAACUCCGCUCGUACCAGGCUCCGUGCUCACCUUCACGUGCACAAUUUGGCGAACACUGUUCACGAACCAAGUGCCGGGCUCGUUCGUGUAUGUGGCCGCGAUGGAGUGGGUAAUGUUUCGCCUUCGUCGGACGUACAACAUCAUCGUGGCCGCCUUCAUUGCCCGGAUUAUCGCUGAGCAACUGGACGAGACAGUGGAGGACGAGGAGGAUCGCGCGUAUCUAGACCAGCAGCUCGGCAUGACACGAAGUGUUCAAUGA